AUGGCUUCUCCGAAUCCAUCGUUUCUAGUAGUGGACAACAUCUCAUACCUACUGCACCCGCAACCUCUGGCAAAAAUAGUCGAGCCUUGGGUAAAAUCUGAUCCCAUCCCUGUUGUCUUGUUCACCACCAACGCUGUCGUCCCCUCGGCCACUGAGGUCACAGGAGUCAUUCACCGGUUUGCCGACGUAGAUGAUGUGUACGCUCCUACCUUUGCAGAUACUAUUGUUCUACAGCUAGACCCGAGUCUCGAUGCACAGCGAGAACUUGGUCGAUUUAGGGACUCAGGUUGCUUCGAGGCAGUCUACCAUGUAGCUCCAACCUCACCACCCAAUGUUCUCCCAACGGGGCCAUACUUUCUCACCCAGGGAAACAUCCACCAAGCAUACCGUUUGUACGAAGAUGAGCUGGAUAGCUUUAUAUUUGGGGUCAUUCCUGAGGAUGUCCUAAAUCUAAAGAAGUACUUCCCACUCCCGGCGCUCAGCGAAAAUGGGUUAUGGAAGAAGAUUGCCGUUCCAAGCCGGCUUUACACAGGCCAUGGAAUACAAACCCACAAACCUCUGGCGGGAGCUCGAAUGGGAAUCAAGGAUAUCUUUCGGCUUGAAGGCACUCAGUUGACUAUGAUGAACAGGCCCUGGACUGAGCUUUACGGACCAGAUGAAGAGAGCGCCGCGUACACUAAGAAGCUAAUUGCUCUUGGGGCCGUUAUUGUAGGAAAAACGAAGAUGACUUCUUUUGCAUCGCCGGAAGAAGCUACAGACCAAUGGAUUGACUUUCAUUGUCCGGUCAAUCCGCGCGGAGACCGCUACCAGAGCCCCUCAAGCAGUUCUACAGGCGCCGGCACUUCUCUUGCUGGCUAUAGCUGGCUGGACUUUUCAGUGGCUGGAGACUCUGCCGGAAGUGUACGAGCACCAGCACCUUGUAGCGGGCUCUUCUCGCUGCGACCCAGCUUCAACUCGACAUCAAUGAAAGGGAUACCAGUCAACUCUCCAGAGUUUGAUACUGUGGGCCAUUUCGCUCGCAACUUGAGAGAUCUUCAUUAUAUCGUGUCACAUACUUUUGAAAACAUACCUCGGAACUCCUCAAAAUUUCCUUCAAAGAUCCUUUACCCACUGGAAUUCUACCCGCUGAAAAAUUCAAAGCAACAAGACCUAACUGAAGAGUUCGUUGUUGUCCUCGAAGAAUUUCUAGGGGUGAAGAGAACUCCUUUUAGUUUCGUGGAGGAGUGGGGAAAGAAUCCCCCCAAAGAGGCUGAAGGCUUGCCAUUGCUCAAGUAUACUGAAAAGAGUGCAUUCUGGGCACUAUGCUAUGACUACUAUCACGGAUUUGAUGUCUUCCGGGAUGACUACAAAGCAAAAUUUGGAAAAGAUGCUUUUGCCAGCUCAGUCGUUCGGUUCCGGUGGGACGUUGGGAAACAGGUCACCCCCAAAGAAUACGACGAGUACUUGAGGCAGCUGGAAGUAUUUCGAGAGUGGUUCAGCAAGCAGUUUAUGCGUCCAGAUCCAGAAAGCCUUUCCAGCGCAAUUCUCGUGAUGCCAUAUGGGGAACCAGACCCGGAAUAUCGCGACGAACCAAACCCGUAG